AUGGACUGGGAAACUUUUAAAUUUUCCCUAGAGAACAAAAUAAACCUUAAAGUAAGUUUAAAAUCUCCCAAUGAUAUUGAUGAAGCAGUUAAUUUCCUAACAAAGUCCAUACAGGAAACGACAUGGUCUUGCUCAUCCCCUAUCCCCCCUAACACCAAUACCAUAAACAUUCCCCUUCAUAUCAGAUUAUUAAUAUCGGAAAAACGAAGAGCAAGAACCAUUUGGCAGAGAACAAGAUAUCCCUCGAACAAACGUAAAUUCAAUAAUCUCACCAAUAAGCUUAAAAGAUCCCUCGCCCAGAUUAGGUCAGAAAACUUCACAAAACAUCUUGUAAACCUAUCUUCCAGUGAUAACUCGCUCUGGCAAACUACCAGGAAAAUCCUCCGUAGUCAGCCCUCAGUUCCUCCCUUAAAAAGAUCUGACAAUACUUGGGCCAUAAAUGACUCAGAUAAAUCAGAUAUAUUUCGUCACCACCUGGACUCUACAUUCAGACCACAUGCUGAUAUUCUCUCUUCUAACCAAAUCAGAAAAGUAAACAACUUUUUAUCCUGCCCGCUACCAAUGAGUCUCCCUCCUAAACAUAUACGACCAAAUGAAAUAAUAUAUACAAUAAAAAAAUCGGCACGGCAUAAAACCCCUGGAUUUGAUCUUAUUACAUCCGAACUAGCCUCCCAACUACCCAAAAAAGCUAUACUCUUUUUAACUCGUAUCUACAAUUCAAUGAUACGACUAACAUAUUUCCCUGCCCUAUGGAAAUUCUCAAUAAUAGUAAUGAUACCAAAACCAGGAAAACCACCAGACACCCCUAGCUCUUACAGACCUAUCAGUCUACUCCCUUUCUUCUCAAAAAUAUUUGAAAAACUUAUUUUAAAACGUCUUAUACCAAUCGUUGAAUCAAAUACUCCGAACUACCAAUUUGGCUUUCGCACAAAUCACAGCACCAUUCAACAAGUCCACCGAUUAGUCGACAAAAUAUCAUACUCACUGGAACAAAAACUAAUAUGCUCAGGUGCAUUUUUAGAUAUGGCCCAGGCUUUUGACAAAGUAUGGCACCAAGGCCUACUCUUCAAACUAAAAACUAUUUUCCCGCCAUACUACUACCUCCUAUUCAAAUCAUACCUCGAGCAUAGACAUUUCGCUGUACGUUCAGGGUCCGCCAUAUCUGAAAUAAACCCCAUCCACGCUGGAGACUCCCAGGGUGCUGUAGCAGCCCCACUCUUGUUUAACUUAUACACAUCAAAUCAACCCACAACCAAUCACACAAUCACAAGCGACUUUGCAGACGAUAAAGCUAUCCUAGCCCUUCACUCAGAACCCGAAACAGCAUCAAACUUAAUCCAAUCACAUCUAAACCUAUUACAAACAUGGUACAAGGAAUGUGAUAUUAAGAUAAAUGAAUCAAAAUCUGCUCACUGCACUUUCACAUUUAGACAUUCAAACUGCCCGACCAUAACUCUCAAUAAUAUACCCAUCCCUCCCACACAAAAUAUUCGCUAUCUAGGCCUCCAUCUUGACCGUCGACUAACCUGGGCAUAUUAUAUCCAUACUAAGCGAAUUACUCUCAACAACCGAUCACGACAGCUGCGACUCUUACUAACUUCUAAACACGUUAAUCUAAACAAUAAAAUACUCAUUUACAAACUUCUUUUGAAACCUAUAUGGUCGUAUGGUGUACAACUUUAG